GGCCGGGAGACGCUGGCCAGGCUUCAAGAACCAUUAUGAAAUCAAUAGACACCGUACCCAUGACAGUGUGGGAAAAAGCCGGACUAGAAGCGCCAGCCAGGAUACCUCCUGCAGAGAAGGUCUACUGGCCGUCGCCACUGCGUUCUCGAGCGGCUUCGGGCAACGUUCCAGCGGAUGGCGAUGGAGGACGUUGCAAAACGUGGGCGCACAGCCUGGCAACCAUCCACGAAGAUUACAAAGUGGAGGCGGCAGCGACAAGCGGGAGGAAGCCCGACCACAUGUACGCCGUGCCUUUCGCGCUGACUAACACACUGCAAAAGCUUGAAGACCGCGAUGACCUCCUCGCCUCUGCUGAAAGACUAGCAAGUUGCAUGUCACCGAGGCAAGGUUUAUCACGUGCCACAGCAAGCCUUGAAGCACGCAAGGAGAGCACCGAAACCGAGAGCAGCUAGCCUUGCAUCCCGGGAGGAU